UGGCCCCGGCUGCGGGGCGGGGACUGGGAGGGAUGUGUGGUGUCCUCGGAGCCCGGCCUGGCAGAGGCUGUGGCCCCCGCAGGGACUGAGCGGAGCUCGGCAGGGAGCGGACCUGCAGCCGGCACUGCCGCCUCUGCUCGCCUUGGGUCCUGAACCUUUCUUAGGGCGAAGGGUCCUGCGCCUCGGUCCAUGCCGGCUGUGGUCUGGGGCGUGCGGCGGGGUCCCCCAGACCCGCUUCGCCGACCCGGACUGUUGCUCAGAGGCGAGGCUGCAAGCGGGAAGCCUGGCGAGGUGGGGUUGCUUCGGAGCACCAGGCUCUGCCACGAGGUCUCCCGCCGGCGGGCUCUUCCCGGCGACGCGGUUCCCCGCAGCCGUCAUUCACCCUACGCAGUUUUGCCCUCUCCACGGGUUGGGGCGUGAAUUGUAAUAGAGGUGAGACGUUAGUGUAACAGGCAAUAACGCAGCAAAAUAACUUUUGGUUUUGACAAGGGCCAUGCACAGCAUAAACCAAGGAGAUAAAAUUGUGAGAGGGUAGCUUUGGCGGUCAGGGCGGCUCUGUGAAGAGUUAACAAACUGAAAUCUGCGACAUAGUGAGCAGGGUGCCCCGGGUCCCUGAGGAAGAGCGUUUAUUGUACGUAUGGAAGGAGGCGACCCUCCUAGUCUUCCAGACCCCAGUUAAAUAUUACUUCCCCCAGUAACAUUUCUUGUGGUCCUCCAUCUAAAUGAGCACCCUCCUCCCCUUGACAUUUUCUCUCUCAGCACUUGAAGCAACAGCUUGAUCUGUUGUCAUAUCACUGUGCGAUUACCAGUGCUGUUUAAUCUGACUAAAGAUUUAUUUCCUAAUUCCAAAGAUAUAACUAAAAGCAGGUUUUUUUUUUUACCCUCUAACCAGGACAUGCACUCCCCAGAUGUGAACAAAGAAAAAACAACAAUGCAUGCACUGUCUUUAGCACCUGCUCCUCCACAAAGGGUACCCUGGAAUGGUGAUGACACUUCCGAUGCCUGGACUCCAGGAGGCUGUUGUGUUCGAGGAUGUGGCUGUGUACUUCACGAGGAUAGAGUGGAGUUGCCUGGCCCCCGACCAGCAGGUACUCUACAGGGACGUGAUGCUGGAGAACUAUAGGAACUUAGCCUCGCUAGGCUUUCUUGUUGCCAAACCAGCACUGAUCUCCCUCUUGGAGCAAGGAGAGGAGCCAGGGGCCUUGAUUCUGCAGGUGGCUGAACAGAGAGGGGCCAAAACCAGCCUGUGCACAGAUUCCAGGAUGGAGGCCGGGAUCAUGGAGUCUCCUCUGCAGCGAAAGCUCUCCAGGCAGGCAGGACUCUCAGACACGGUGUGGGGGUGCCUCCCUGAGGAGGACCCCGCACCACCCCACCCGUAUAGUGGUCCUGAGGACGGGUCAGAGAAGCAAACCCCUAGCCCCGGGGCUCCGGAGCGCAGCGCCUCCCCAGGGGUUCUGCAAGAAGACCUGGGCCGGCGCAUAGGGAGCGCAGCUCCUCGCUAUAGGUGCGCAUGCGGCAAAGCGUUCAGAUACAACUCCCUGCUGCUCAGGCACCAGAUCAUCCACACUGGCUCCAAGCCCUUCCAGUGCACGGAGUGUGGGAAGGCCUUCAAGCAGAGCUCCAUCCUGCUGCGGCACCAGCUGAUCCACACCGAAGAGAAGCCGUUCCAGUGCAGCGAGUGCGGCAAGGCCUUCCGGCAGAGCACGCAGCUGGCUGCCCACCACCGCGUCCACACCCACGAGCGGCCUUAUGCGUGCAGCGAGUGCAGCAAGACCUUCAGCCGCAGCUCCCGGCUGCUGCAGCACCAGAAGUUCCACACCGGGGAGAAGGCCUACGAGUGCGGCGAGUGUGGCAAGGCCUUCUGCCGCAGGUUCACCCUCAACGAGCAUGGCCGCAUCCACAGCGGGGAGCAGCCCUACCGGUGCCUGCAGUGCGGGCAGCGUUUCAUCCGGGGGUCCUCGCUCCUGAAGCACCACCGGCUGCACGCCGAGGAGGGCCCCCAGGACGGUGGCGCGGGGCAGGGCGCCCUGCUCGGAGUGGCACAGAGGCCACAGGCAGGGGACCGGCCCCACGAGUGCCCGGUGUGCGGAAAGCCGUUCCGACACCACUCCCUGCUGCUGCUGCACCUGCGCCUGCACACGGGCGAGAAGCCGUUCGCGUGCGCAGAGUGCGGCAAGGCCUUCGGUCGCAAGUCCAACCUCACUCUGCACCAGAAAAUCCACACCAAGGAGAAGCCCUUCGCGUGCACCGAGUGUGGCAAGGCCUUCCGCAGGAGCUACACGCUGAACGAGCACUACCGGCUCCACAGCGGCGAGAGGCCGUACCGGUGCCGCUCCUGCGGGAGGGCUUGCAGCCGCCUGUCCACCCUCAUCCAGCACCAGAAGGUGCACGGCAGCGAGCACCGGGAGGACAUGGAGGGCAGGCGGGCGCCGCGCUGGGCUUCCUGAUGACGGGGGCGACAGUCCGAGGAUUCACACGGGAAGCCUGACACAAGCAGGCGCGGCCCCAACGCAGAAGUUCGAAUCUCAUGUCCUGAAGGUGCAGCAGUCUUGAGAAGAGGCCAGCUCUUACCCGGAGCACUCGGCCUCUUGCUCCAGCUGGGCAGUGGGGAGGGAAAGGGCACCUAGUGGCCCAUGGUGUGGCCUCAGGAAUCAGCAUCAGCCACCAUUUCCUGGGACCUUUGGGAAAUGUCCCGGAGCUGGCAGAAGUGAGGGAGGGAGGGGCAGCUAUGCUCAAUCCCCAGAGAGCAGAGCAAAGGGGACGCCAUAGACACACAUGCAGCCUGGCAUAGCCAGGUCUCAGCACCAGGCCCUGCGUGGUGGUGAAUUUCAGGUGGUGUAAAGCUGAUUCACAGGAUAGAAGAU